AGGCUUCAGUCAUGAGGAUCCAUUAUGUUCUGUUCGCAUUUCUCCUGGUGUUGCUGUCUCCAUUUGCAGCUUUUAGCCAAGACAUCAACAGUAAACGAGCUUGCUAUCGGGAAGGAGGCGAAUGCCUGCAACGGUGCAUUGGCCUUUUUCAUAAGAUUGGAACUUGUAAUUUUCGUUUCAAAUGCUGCAAGUUUCAAAUCCCAGAGAAGAAGACAAAGAUCCUGUGAAACCAAAGAAAACACCAGAAUUUGUUCCUCCAUGAAGAUGGACAAAACUUAAACCAAAUUAAAGUUCCUUGAUUAAAUG